AUGGCAGAAUUCAACUGCUCUUAUAGGAAGGCGUUGCAAAUAUAUGUUCCACCAGAACCUGUCCCUCCACUGCGUGCAGAACAAAUUAAUUCAACUUCACCGGCGCGCGCGAGUAAGUUUCCCGAGUCUAUACCUGAACAUGUACCCAUGCAGUCACAAGACAUAAACGCUAUUUCCUAUGUAAGUGUGACCCGAGCACCGCAACGUGAUAAUAUCAUUCGACAACCACAAUCUACGCAACCGUACUCAACGAAUAUGUCUCAAUCAUUAGAACAGAGACCCAAGAAGAAAAAUAAUAAGAAAAAGAAACAUAGUCAAAAUGAAGUGUGUAACUGGGAUGUACCUUCGGAAACAAUGAAUAAUAAUUUAGUCGAUGAGUCGGAAAAUGAAAUUCGGUUGAGAAAUGAGAGAAAAGAGAAGUACAGAUAA